GUUGUGAGGGCAACAAGCAACCAACAUGCAUUAAACACCAAAGUGUCAGCAAGUUGGGACAAAGAAGACACAUCCAUCCACUGCCGGCAGUCUAUAAAUACCAAUUCAUCUCUUCCUACUACCAUCACCAAUUCACUCCAUCAUCUUCCUUCUGUCCUUUUGAGCUACUGCCAUGGCUAAACUAGCAAGCCUUCUCAUCCUCAGCGCCGCAUUCCUGCUCGUUCUUCUGGUGGGAGAAACCAAGGCCUCGGGCUUGGACGCAACCGUUGCCGAGUUUCAGCUGCAAGGACGACGUGAAGACCAGAUGGUAAGCCUCUUCAUCGUUGGGGGAUUUUUCGUCAACCGGGACCACAACAUACAUUUUCUGACUAAGGUUUUCUCGACUUUUUCGGUGAUAUUGCAGUACGGUGUCUCUGAAGGCAGCCUCCAUCCUCAAGAUUGUGCUCCGAGAUGCACUCACAGGUGCUCAGCGACCUCAUACAAGAAGCCGUGCAUGUUCUUCUGCCAGAAAUGCUGCGCGAAGUGCCUCUGCGUGCCUCCCGGGACCUACGGAAACAAACAGGUCUGCCCCUGCUACAACAACUGGAAGACCAAGAGCGGCGGACCCAAAUGCCCCUGAAGAUUCCAACAUCGAUCAUUACCCAGAAACUUGCUCGACAUUCAUACAAAUCGACUAUAUCUUCUAUACAGCCGCCUCGCAAAGCCGAGGCAUAUAAUGUUCUGCUUUCGAUCUCUCUUUCCCUAACUGCUUAUCUCGAUAAUCUUGUUAUGAUUAUGAAGGCAAGGAUAACUCUUUUCAGUAAAGUGUACCUUUCGCCGCUAGAAUCUUUGGCUAUCAAACCUGCUACACCUCUUCUUGCCGUGAACUUUCAUAACCUUC